AUGUUUGGUGGCUUCCCCCUCUCUGGAAAAAUCAUAGCUAUUACUGGUGGGGCGUCAGGGAUUGGCUUUGCUCUCGCCAAGUUAGCCCUUGAGUCCAAUGCGAAAGUGAUUAUAGCUGAUUUGAAACCUUCGUCCGAAUCGACUCGUCUAGUAAAGGAUCAUGAGAAUGCUCACUUCCUAAAAUGCGACGUGACCAGGUGGGAUGAUCUAGCAUUGAUCAUGCCCUUUUCGGAAAGCAAGCUCGGAGAUGUUCCAGACAUCUUUGUAGCAAACGCUGGGGUCCCAGAGACGGAAAAGAAUAGCUUUUGGGAUGACAAUGACAGCGAACGAUAUAGUGCCCUCGACAUUAACCUUUAUCAUCCAAUCAAGCUCACUCGACUAGCGAUUCGAGCCCUCCUUGGCAAGCAAAAGAAAGGCGUUGUCAUGAUCACAGCGUCAAUUGGGGGACUUCAUGGUCACUUUUCCACGGCUCUAUACUGCGCUGGUAAACACGGCACGAUCGGAUUCAUUAAGAGCUUAGCAGGUGCAGAAGAGGAGGCGGGUGUUAAGGUAGUUGGAAUAUGUCCAGGACCUGUUCGUACACCUUUGAUGGCGACCGUGGGGAAAAGGUUGAGCAAAAGCGACCAAACACCAAUUCUUCUCGAGCCUGAGGAAGUCGCGGAGAGAAUGAAGGAGCUCAUUGAGCAAGGGAAAUAUCGUGGGGGUAUGGCUUUGGGGGUGUACUGGCCGGGACAUGCAGAGGUAGUAGCGGAUGGUUCGACGAGUCUUUUAGAGACCAUAUGCCCCCCUGAUGUCAUUGCUGUCCGCAAGAUUAUUGCAGCUGAGAGGGGUAUCUAG